CGCUCCCGUUAAUAUCCCGGCCUCGCGCUUGCAGUCGAGAUCAGUCAUCGCUGUACCGUUUCUCGGUGAGAUCGACGACGUACGUAUCUGCGUGAAAGAAUAGAGAGAAAGAAAGAGAGAAAGACAGGACGGUCUGUGCGAGCACCGACUUAUAUCUGCUUAAAACACCGAUAUCCGACACCGGCGAAGUUCACAAGAAAGCAUCCAACAUGAAGGAGGCGAAAGCUCUACUGAUACUGGGACUGCUAACGGUCGCUGCGAUCGCGAAGGAGGACAAAGAGAAGGAAGACAUCGGUACGGUGAUAGGAAUCGACUUGGGUACAACUUAUUCCUGCGUCGGCGUUUACAAGAAUGGCCGCGUGGAGAUCAUCGCCAACGACCAGGGUAACAGAAUCACGCCUUCGUACGUGGCGUUCACCGCCGACGGCGAGCGUCUGAUCGGCGACGCCGCGAAGAAUCAGCUGACGACGAACCCGGAGAACACCGUGUUCGACGCGAAGCGAUUGAUCGGCCGUGAGUGGUCGGACCCUACCGUGCAGCACGAUGUGAAAUUCUUCCCGUUUCCGGUGAUCGAGAAGAACAACAAGCCGCACAUCAAAGUCGAGACCAGCCAGGGCGAAAAGGUGUUCGCGCCCGAAGAGAUCUCCGCUAUGGUGCUGGGCAAGAUGAAGGAAACCGCUGAGGCGUAUCUCGGCAAGAAGGUCACCCACGCGGUGGUUACCGUUCCGGCAUACUUCAAUGACGCGCAGAGACAGGCAACUAAGGACGCCGGAACUAUCUCCGGUCUGGUCGUGAUGAGGAUCAUCAAUGAGCCGACUGCCGCCGCGAUCGCGUACGGCUUGGACAAGAAAGACGGCGAGAAGAACGUAUUGGUAUUCGAUCUGGGCGGCGGUACCUUCGACGUCAGCUUGCUCACCAUUGACAACGGUGUGUUCGAGGUCGUUGCCACCAACGGUGACACUCAUCUGGGAGGUGAGGACUUCGAUCAGCGCGUGAUGGACCACUUCAUCAAGCUGUACAAGAAGAAGAAGGGGAAAGACAUUCGCAAGGACAACCGAGCUGUGCAGAAGUUGCGUCGCGAGGUCGAGAAGGCCAAACGAGCGCUCAGCGCCAGCCACCAAGUGAGGAUCGAGAUCGAAUCGUUCUUCGAGGGUGAAGAUUUCUCCGAGACCCUGACCCGUGCCAAAUUCGAGGAGCUGAACAUGGACCUCUUCCGCAGCACCCUGAAGCCUGUGCAGAAGGUCUUGGAGGAUUCCGACAUGAGCAAGAAAGACGUGGACGAAAUUGUCCUGGUCGGUGGCUCGACCAGGAUCCCGAAGGUUCAGCAGCUGGUGAAGGAAUUCUUCGGUGGCAAGGAGCCGUCGCGAGGCAUCAAUCCCGAUGAGGCUGUCGCUUACGGCGCAGCCGUGCAAGCUGGAGUGCUCUCUGGAGAACAGGACACGGAUGCGAUCGUACUUCUCGACGUCAAUCCUCUCACCAUGGGUAUCGAGACGGUCGGAGGUGUGAUGACCAAACUGAUCCCAAGGAACACCGUCAUCCCCACGAAGAAGUCGCAGAUCUUCUCCACGGCGUCCGACAGCCAGCACACCGUCACCAUCCAGGUGUACGAGGGCGAGCGUCCGAUGACCAAGGACAACCAUCUGCUCGGCAAAUUCGACCUGACUGGCAUCCCGCCGGCGCCGCGCGGCAUCCCGCAGAUCGAGGUGACCUUCGAGAUCGACGCGAACGGCAUCCUGCAGGUGUCGGCCGAGGACAAGGGCACCGGUAACCGCGAGAAGAUCGUCAUCACGAACGACCAAAACCGUUUGACGCCCGACGACAUCGAGCGGAUGAUCAAGGACGCGGAGAAGUUCGCCGACGACGACAAGAAGCUGAAGGAACGCGUGGAAGCGCGCAACGACCUCGAGUCGUACACGUACUCGCUGAAGAACCAGCUGGCCGACAAGGAGAAGCUCGGCUCGAAGGUGAGCGACGCCGACAAGGCCACGAUGGAGGAGGCGAUCGAGGAGAAGAUCAAGUGGCUGGAGGACAACCAGGACACCGAGCCGGAAGAGUACAAGAAGCAGAAGAAGGAGCUCACCGACAUCGUGCAGCCGAUCAUCGCCAAGCUCUACCAGGGGGCGGGCGGCGGCGGCGGUGUCCCACCCACUGCCGGCGACGAUGAGGAUCUCAAAGACGAGCUUUAACUACAAGCUGCUGACGACUCGCCCGCUCCGGUUCGCGGUAUAGACUGAUUAACUUCACCUCCCGAGCAAAUACCUUACAGAAGUUCUGUCGUGACGUUGCGAGGAGUUGGAAGUGUUUACACGUUCAUUCACACGGUCGCGCUUUCUCGCUGUGCGUUUAGCCGGAAAAAACAAAACUUGACCGUUCUAAGUUUUACUCAAGUAACCUGUAGUAAUGUAAUACAUUGUAAGAUGAAGAGAGGAUUACACUGUCUGUACGGCGUUCGCGUUCCUCGCUCGGAUCUGUCCAACGGGAGUGAACGAGCAAACGCUACUCUCCGGUUUCUAUGAUAAUUUAGACAAGCGGAGCUAAAUGUACAGUGGGAAUGGAAGUCUUCGUUACGUAAUAAAGAAAGAAAGAAAGAGGGAGAGAGAGAGAGAGAGAGAGUCCGUGUCUGCAUUCAAUGAAAGUGUGAGUGAAUGCUUACGAUGGACGUCGAGAGAGGAGAUCAGUCGGAUUUUUUAAAAUCUCUAUGCGAUUCAUAGCGACACGUAGGAGAGAGAAUAUUAGUCGAGCGCUAUGAAUAUGUAAAAAAAAAGGAAAAAUGUCAACUUUUUAUCCGUUGUACUCUCUUGCGUUUUUCUCUGUUGGAAAGUAGCCCCGUGUGAGGCGCGCUAGUCACUUGUGUUUGCGUAGGAUGUGCAGAGUUAACGAUGCACGUUCGCGGCAGAAUUCCGGCCGAGUCAGCGUGAAACAAAUGUCGAGCGAAAUCGCACGGAGUGGCAGAUGUGACAACGCGAGUUUCGUUUCGUCGUAGCUCGGUCGCGAGUGCUCGCCGAGUGGCUCGGAGUUGAUCGCGUUCUCGAGGCGAUCGUUGAACGUCGAAACCUCUGCGUUAUCUGCUCCUUUCUCUGUUGCAAUAUUGUUUUGUUAGGAAUUUUGUGACAACGCCUCCCCUGUCUCAGUCGCUGGUCUUCGAGUCCCGUGUCGACAGUCGUCGCUUGAAACUUGUCUCGAGUGAGACACUCGGAUUUCAAUUUCGGGUUAGAUCCGCGAGUUUUCCGGUCGAAUAGCGAUUACGAAUGUAGGGUGACAAUUCAAGUGGAAACCUCAGAUCGAACACGGUAUUCAGAUUUGAGUAACUCACGUGAGACGAGUUUCAGGCGACGACAAUUAAAAUUCGGCUCGGAUAUAUUUACGAGAUAGGGAGCGACGAGGAGGACGACGACGACGUCCGGUGCCCGAAGGCUCGCCUCGUAAACGCGAUUGACUGCGCGCAAACACCUGCGGAUCGCAGGAGAUAUCACACGGUGGACUGUGGAACAAUCGCCCGUUAUUAUUCUGUAUCGUGUUUGCCAGGAGGAAUCACUUGGACCCUCUCGAAAGAUCCGUCGGGAGGAGUCUGGAGGAAGGAGACUUUCCCGACGCUUUUCUCGUUCUCCUUUUAAAACAAACAAACCAACACAGACAUAGAGAGAGAGAGAGAGAGACACAUACACACAGUACUGCGUCGUUAAUUUAUUUCGAAUUGUUUUAUAUGUUCUAUUAAGUCCGAAUAACGAUUAAUCUAUAUAAUAAUAAUAAUAAUGAUAAAGCUCGUUACAAGUUUGUUAGAGUGUAUGCGAUUGGAUAUGGGAAUGAAUGGGAUUUGCGCGAGUAUUGCGGUCUUGUAGACUCGUAAACUGCCGCCGGACUGCAUCGUACUAUGUACCAUGUAUCCGUAUAUGCGUAUGUGCGUGAAUGUUGCAAUAUGUAUCGGUAUCACAAGAAUAAAGAUUUUUUCAGUAAAUGGAAAUUCACCCGUGA